AUGGGGAGUUUGCUUGAGGAAGCGCAGCAUGUUCUGGAUGACCUUGACUGGGUCGUUGUGGACGUAGAAGAAGAAAUGAGGCUAUUAGAAGGAGUAAUCAGCCGUUUCGCUGCCACUGGAGAAGGUACAGCGUGUGUCUUGAUUGGGGAAUUGAGAAGCGGUCGAACAACAUCGGUGAAAAAUGCUUUACUGAAAUUUGAUCUAGACGCAAAAUUGCAAAUUAUCAGUGCAGGUAAGAAAUGA